GGAGAACUAACUUGACACUCUUCCUUCUUUUUUCUCCUUUUAUCUUAGACUAAUAACUAUUCCAUUUAGCACAAAAGAAAAGUAAAAUCCAUAUUUCCUUUUGGCUAUUUGCACGGCGCAUGUAAUUUUGCCUAUUUUAUCUCUCUAUCUUUCUCGACACAUACGCCGUGCGAUCUGGCCGCAGGAUGCAGGUCCAGCCAGCUGCUGAUACUACUGCUCUAAGUUAUUGGUUGAACUGGAGGUUCUUGCUUUGUGCAAUAUGGGUCUUGACACCAACGGUUACAGCAGUGAUCAUUCUAUGGAAAUAUGAACGAUCAGUUAAUGUCAAUCCAGAAUCUGAUGGAAGGGAGGAUUGUGAGAAAAGGUCUUGGCUUUUGUAUUUUGACAAAGCUUGGAGACCAUGUGUGAAAAGAAUAAAUCCAAUUUAUUUGGCGGCUUUCCGAGUUUUUGCACUUGCUUUACUCACACUGGUGCUUGUCUCUGAUUUUGUUGUUCAUGGAAGUGACAUGAUGUACUAUUAUACUCAGUGGACAUUUGCUUUGACCACCAUCUAUUUCGGGUUUGGAUCAGUACUUUCAAUCUAUGGCUGUUACCGGUAUAACAAAGCAAACAGUGGUGUCAGCAAACUGCAGAUGGAUAUGGAGCAAGGGUUACGCGAGUCCCUUAUAAGCACAGACUAUAUGAAUGGAGUCAAGAUAGUGAACAAUGUGGAGUACAAGGGAAUACUUCUAGUUCCUGAAGUUGCUGGACGAUGUGGCUACCUCUUCCAGAUUCUUUUCCAGCUGGCUGCUGGAGCUGUGAUGCUCACUGACUCUGUUUACUGGUUCGUGAUCUUCCCAUUUCUUACGCUCAAAAACUACGAAUUUAACAUUUUCACUGUUGUUACGCAUUCGCUAAAUGCUGUCCUGCUUCUUGGUGAUGCAGCUCUGAAUUCCUUGCCGUUCCCUUGGUUCCGGAUGUCUUAUUUUGUCAUAUGGACUGGUGUUUAUGUCAUCUUCCAGUGGAUAGUUCAUGCCUCUGUAUUUUUUUGGUGGCCGUACCCCUUUCUUGACUUAUCAUUAAAAUAUUCUCCUGCGUGGUAUUUGUUGGUGGCUUUACUGCAUAUUCCAUGCUACGGAAUAUUUGCAUUAGUUGUUAGACUAAAACAUUAUGUGUUACGGAGAUGGUUCCCCCAAUCAUAGCAGUGUAUAAGAAAUUAUCAUCAUCUCUAGUUGGUCACUUCUGAAGCCAAGGCAUCUCAUGUUCUUCAAAUGGUGAAGAUAGUGUUGUUUGAGUGCAUGAUCAGUGGGUUUCUGGGGCGGAUUUCCUGCAAAGUGUCAGCCAAGUGGGUAUUGAUUCAGUCAAGAACUAAAUCAGUAGCUAUCUUGUGAAGUACGAUGCGAACCUUCUUUUUAUCUGCACCUUGUCCACCCUGUAAUGCCUUGGAUGUUCAACUGUAACAUUUUCUGGACACUAAGUUCAAUUGAUUCAAAAUUGUAUACCUUUCUGUUACAGGCAAAACCUGCUUAUUUUCUAAGAAUUUUGAUGGAUUUGUACACAAA